CGCGAGCACACGUGCGCUAGGAGACCUUGCGUCAGUACCGUAAAAAAAUUCGCGCCAACACGCUCCAUACGCUGUGAUUUUAACGUGAAAUUUUAAUUUUAUUUACACAACGAUUUUGGCAUCAAAUGAUUGAAAAAUCCAAAAUGGCCGCCCGCGAGUUGACACAGAACCGCCGAGAAGUGUCGUGAUGAUGAGAUUUAAAAUAACACAGCGUUGUAGAGAUAGAAAUAUAUAGAAAACUCCUUGUAUAUAGUGUACAGUUAUAGAAAUAAUUUUAUAUCUUAUUAAUUGCUUGAGAUGAUAGAAAGUGGUUGUAGCCGAAGUGGAGGCACGGCGGGGCACGACAUUGAGAAUGACGAGGCACCGAUACCAGAGGAUUCCAGCUAUGAGGAGCUGACGGCUCUGAGGAGUCUACUGCACUUUCCCGAAGAGGUGGCUCUCAGACUAACCGACACAGAAUACCAAUUGUUUUACCAGGUGCCCCCAAUUGACUAUCUAAGACAAGUUACCUUGGAUCUUGGAGGUGAAGGCGUGUUGGGCGCUGUUAGCGAGCGACAUAUGAUAAGGAGGGCGCCCCCCACUCACACGCAACAGACUAAAAGCACCGUCAGAGCUCUUAUCAGAAGAUUUAACGAGGUAUCAGCGUGGGUUACGGAUUUAGUGCUGUCAUCGAACACGGCAGAAGAGCGCAAAGCAACCCUCGCUUGCAUCCUGAGGGUGGCCCUCACUUGUUGGAACAUAGGAAACUUUAACGGAGCAAUGGAAAUCGUGGCGGGGCUCAAGUCGAACAAGCUCAAAGCGUUUUGGUUCAGCAUAUCGGACGAACCCAUCCCAGUGCUGGACUUCCUGUCGGCUGCUUUACUUUCAGCAGAGUACGAGAGGGCAUUGGGACGAGCGCUGGCCAUGCCUGAAUGUCGAUUGAUACCUUUUUUUGGCGCGUUUUUGAGGGAGCUCAGGGAAAUACUGGCAGCUACGCCUGCACUCACGAGCCACCCCGUCGCCGCCACCCCCCCACACAGGAGGGAUUUCAAGAGAGAAUCUACGAAAGAAGACAGGGGAUCUUCGAAACGGGACCCAAGAAGGGAAAGCGGCAAGCGUGUAGACCAAGGGACCACAACAAGUCCACUGCGAGAGAGUGGCAAGAGAGAUACGAGGAGCAACGAACCUUCGAGACAAGUGUACAUAGCAUCGUUCGACGAGGAAGGCGAGCAAGCGCCAGGAUGGAGACGCGUGGGUCCCGAGGGUCUUGUCAACCUGGAAAAGGUUUACCGCACGCAGGCGGUCAUGGACCACGUGGCUAGUUUUCAUCAGCACCACUACGCGCUGUCGAGGAGCAACGCGCCCGUGUUCGGGGAUUAUCUGAGAACAGCACUACCAGCAUGCGAGGAGCCGGUCUUCGCGCAGUGUUCACAAAAAACCAGUGGCUGUGACUUUGAGAACGAGGCACUUUAUGAGCUGGAAGGGGGGGGCUACUGCCCCGUGCAGCCCCUCCCACACGACCACGGCGUGACGAUGUUCCCGCUAGCUCCACAAAAUGAGGAAAGAAUAGAUAGACAUGUUUUACAGAUAAUGCACCACGGCACCGCGUGUAUAGUUGGAGAAGCGGAAUGGGGAGGCACUCUCGCGCAGCUAAGGCUGGAGCGCGCAUGCGCGUUGUUGACGUGGUGCAGAACUGCGUAUAGGCCGCAUGGGCAUUUAGGCGACAUGCAAUCAGAGAACAUUCAACAGCCAGAAAUCAGUCUCUCCUACAAUCCAGAAGAGGUUAUACCGUUGAAGUACACCGCCAAUAUCCACGAGCAUGAAGCUGGCAUCGUAGGGGAUGAAGGGUUCAUAGACCUCCAGUGCGUGAAAGAUAUGCGUCUUGGCGGUAAACUGUUAGACCCUCGUGACUUGGCGGAGCUAACCAACAACGCCAAACGUUACGGACUGGAUUCAUCUGCGCAUGGCCCGUAUAUAAUUUCACUAGUGUACGGGAGAACACUUAGCGAUAACAGAACUGUACACUUCUUGCUGCCUAGCUAUAGUUAUAGGGUAUGGGCUGUGGGCCUCCACUCUGUGAUCAGGGCGUUGAUGAGCCAGAACAAAUUGGCGGACAGGAGCUUAACGUGGCUCAAGAAUAAAUACACAGCAUUGUAUUACGAAGACGGCUGUUGCUGCGAACCUCUGGUUACCGACGCUAUUAGAGUAUUUGGUGGCAGAGAAUCAACAUGCGGCAGCUCGUCGCACUCAACGCCCGUGAAGGGUGUUUACUCGGACCAUACUGAAUCUAUACGGAACACAGGAAUUAAAUUUAAGAAAAACAAAUCCACUUCAGAGUUGAAGACCAGCUCCCCGAAGAGUUACGGCUCCACGCACACAUCAGGGACCAGGAGUGAAGACGAAGUUGUCCUGGGACAUUCGCCGAGACACAGGAUUGAUUGCAGCUCGUAUUCAGCGACAAUGAGCCAGCACCAUCCGUGCGCCCCUCGACACAGUUCGCUCACAGCAGCCGCUACAACUAUCAUGGCCGGAUCGCACAACAGAAGCAGUUUGAGAAGACUGGAGACCAGCGAAAGGUUUUGGGAAAACCUGAAGCAUCUACGAACGGGCUCAGUGGGGUACGAGACACAAUUAGAUUUUAUGGAUUUCGUCACUCUGUUCAGGAGUUUUAGUCUCGUGAUGCGUUCAGAGCUACGUGACGUGUUCGAACAGCUUGCAGUACCUAGAAACAAAUCGCCCCUCCUUGGGGCUGAAAGGAGUAGGAGUUCUCCUGAACUGUUCCGUGGAAGAGCUGCUUUUAGGACUGGCCUGCUAACAAGAAACGGUUCUUUAGAUUUGGAGCCACCGACAGACAAACAACACAGGAAAAAAGCCUUCGAUUUAUUAGCAGCAGCUGCUUUACCUGGAGCAUGUCCGGAUGUGAGCGGACGCGUGUUGACGUUACCAACUCUGGGCAAGUUCUGUGAGACGAGACAACACGAGCCAAAGACAGAGGAGCAGUUGAGAAACAUCAUACUGAGACACGAGCCUGACCCGGUCCUUCGCGCUGAGAACUGCCUAUCAUUCGAAGGAUUCGUCAGAUUUUUAACGGAUAAGGUCAACUACGCGUUUGUACCGGAGCAGAGAAGAGCAAAUAACUUUAUCAACAAGUCGAAAUCGAAUGAAGAUGUCACCACAGCCCUUUCAAAGGACAUGAGCGGGCCUCUCAGCCAAUACUACGUAGCGAGUAGCCACAAUACUUAUCUCACUGGACACCAGCUGAAAGGCGAAUCAUCAGUCGAGUUGUAUAGCCAGGUUUUGCUGACUGGAUGCCGCUGCGUGGAGCUGGACUGUUGGGACGGGGAUGAUGGCAGCCCAGUCAUAUACCACGGCCAUACCUUUACUACAAAAAUACCUUUUCGAAGAGUAGUCGAAACUAUAGCAAGGAGCGCAUUCGUGACGUCACCAUAUCCUCUGAUCCUGAGUAUCGAGAACCACUGCAGUCUACCACAGCAACAGGUCAUGGCGAGCACUUUUGAGGCAGUGUUUGGAGAUAAACUGGUGACAUCGUUCCUCUUCGAAGUAGACUACACGGACGAACCAAGGCUGCCGAGUCCAGAGCAACUUAAAUAUAAGGUGCUCAUAAAGAAUAAAAAGCUACCCGCAAUAAAUUCAAGUCCAACCGUUGGUCUUACUGGAGCCAGUUCAGUUCAGGGAUACGGUGGAGUGCUGGCAACCGCGUUCCGGGCUAACGGUAUCCGGCACACGAGCACGUCUCUACAGGAACAGAGCAACCGUACCAGCUCCAUUAUGUCCAACCAGUCGGCUGGAAGCUCCGUCACUGAAUACUUCUCCGAUGAUGAUUAUGAUGAAGACGAUGAGGAACUCGAUGAAAAAGAGUUACACAAAAUUCUCAAAUCAAUGGAGGACAAAUGUGGUCGGACCUCUCUCUCUAUCUACCAGAGCUUCAGGAGCCGCGAGGGGGACGGAGAAACAUCUGGUUCAGUCAAACACACGGCCAAUAGGAAACGAAGCAACCAAAUCGCUAAGGAGCUCAGCGAUAUGGUCACUUAUGUGCAGGCAAUAAAAUUCCGUGGCCUAAAUCCGCUGUCGCCUCGGAGCUCGAUGAAGCACCAGAGCGCCAGCACGAGCACAAAAGACAGCACGUCCGCGCCGAGCAGCAGUUUUGAAUCAUCCGAGAGUAGUGAUAGCACUAACACGCAACUAGCCCAAUCACAAUCGUCGAGCAAUCGCGCUCGCUGCCUGAACGCGCCAGCCGUUCACCACCCUUGCUACAGAUGUUCAUCAGUCAACGAGGCUAUUGGCAAGAAGAUUUGCAGGAAGCAUCCUAUGGCUCUAGUAGCUCAUACUGAGACGCAACUUGUUAGGACCUACCCGGCUGGCCUAAGAAUUGACUCAUCGAACUUCGACCCCGUAAUGUUCUGGUCUUGCGGAGUACAACUAGUCGCUCUGAACUACCAGACUGAAGAUGCGGCAAUGGCGGUCAAUGCUGCACUGUAUGAGAGCAACGGUUGUGUCGGUUACGUGAGAAAACCUAUCGUUAUGUGGGAUCCUGGCCACAUAGCCUAUAGGAGAUUUAACCCCAUGGAUAAAGAAUUUGACGGAAUCCACGCAGCGCACCUCACACUGGCAGUCUUAUCAGGACAAUACGUUGCAGAAAAUAUAUAUUCAUUCUAUAAUGCCUUCGUGGAAGUCGAGAUAUUGGGAGUGCCAGCUGAUUGCAGAAAGAUAAGGACUAGAGUCGCGAGGAGGAACGCUUUGAAUCCUGUCUGGGGAGACACAUUUGGAUUCAAGAUAAACUUCCCAGAACUGGCGUUCGUUCGUUUCGAAGUUUACGACGCAGAUACAAACUACAUGUUGUCACAGAGAGUCAUCCCAUUGCAGUGCCUGAGACCGGGGUACAGACAUGUUAGAUUACGUUCCCCAACAAACCAACCUCUCAAUAUGGCGUCGUUGUUAAUAUUCUCGCGUUGUUCCGAAGAGCUAGCCGGCGAGAGCAAUAGGGGGGACUUAGAGCCUAGCUCCCCCCACGAAAGAAGGAAGAUACACUUCUUAGUUGUCUAUGCUGUGGCGAGACACGAACCCUAUUCCAUAUUGAAGGUCACACAGGAUACUACAACUAAUGAGGCAAUAGCCCAAUGCCUAACAAAAGCGGGUGUCUGUCGGUCGUCACUCGGGAGCUAUGUGUUAGUAGAGGAGGUGCCCUCCAGGGCCCCCACUCAGAGGGUGCUGGCGCCCCAUGAGAGAGUGCUGAGGUGCGCCACAGCGCGCGCUGGCGCGAGGCUGUUGUUGAAGCGAGUCGGUGACGACCCCAGCAGCCGUGCCUGGCUCACCAGCAUCAGAUCAGCAUCGACAGACAGACAGAAGGACAAAUCAGUGUCAGACGAGGAGUCUGCUCCGGAUGAGGAACGACGGCCUGAUAACUUUCUGGUCUGUGUUCACAAUGUCUCCCAUGAGAUACCGUACGCCAUACUCAAGGUACCAUUAACAGCAACCGCUUCGUAUGUCGUAUACCAAGCAUUGACGAAAGCCAGAUGCCAUGACGAUCCCAAAAGAUUUGUGCUGGUGGAAGAAUUGGAAUGGGGCGGUCGUGCCGGCGCUGGUCCUCAACAGCGGGCAUUAGCUGACGAUGAAGUGGUUUACACAGCUCAGGCCGGCUGGAAGACUUUAGGUCGUUUCGUUCUUCAAGAAAAAGGAAUUUCAGCGCCGGUCCCUCGGCACAGAGCUGCCAUCGCGCGGAUACAACGGGGACUCAGCAUGACUCGGGGCGCCAUCACGGGAGGCACCGGAUUCCCCCUUGGAGGCUCCAGCUCAGAGACUCCAGUUUCUGAAGGAAAACCGCCAGUGCAGGCUUCCUACAGCGACCCAGCACAUUGCAGACGUACCUCGUCAACGCCUUUAGGCAAAGGUAUAGCUCGUGCUAAAGGACACUCUGAUAAGGACAUGAGAUCUUUUAUGCAGAGACGAACCGGUACCAGAGAGGUGCACUCAGAGGGCGAGACGGGGGGUUCGCUGGGGGCGGAGGCGCUGGCGGCGCAGGUCGCGCGCUUCAAGCGGGUCUCCUUGCGGAAACUGAGGGCGUGGCGCUCCUGAGUAUGGCAGGUAUUCCGUCGGCUGGGCUCCCGACUGGCGACUCACCGCGCGUCCCUUUCUUCAGAACUUGGUUCUCUGUGGGACUUCAUAAGGAUUGAUCGCGAGCGCCGCCGCUCUGCGCCCGC